AACAUUUUUGGACUGACGUUGAAUGCAAAUAUGGAACAAAUGUAGGUGUUGAAUUUGAAAACCAAUUCGUCCGAAAUCGUGAAGAUUAAAAUGUAUUUUGACACAAAGUGUGCGCUUGGCUUCACUUUCUGUCAAUCUAUUGUCAACUCGUCCAUUAAAGGGUGCCCCUGUAAACGCGUCAUCUGCAUUUGCCCCUCUGCAUGUCUGCAAGCGGCGACCACAACAGCGUUUUAGCAGACCGAUGUAGCAUUUGGUAGUAAUGGCUUCUGGGAAGCACCUGCUGGUGAAGACGAUGACUUUUCCUCGGUUUUUCGUGCGUUCGCUGUAGAGUCCGGUCGCAACCGUGACAUUCAGGAAUGUUAACGGAUAAAGCAUAAUUAUAGAAAUCGGUCGAAUGUAUAUUAGGGAAAGCGGCCUUCAUUAUUUCAUUCCGAAGCCUGGGACUUGAUUCGGACCAUCGAAGGGAAACGGGAUGUCUGGUAACGUGUCGUGUCGGGGAAAGGAACACAAUGGACAUUCACUGCUGCGUGGACGUUUCUGACCACACCAAAGCACAGCGAUUGGCUCUGUGCUGAGGGUAUGGGUCUGUGGAGGGCCCUGCUCCUGAGCUCUCUCUGUCUCACACUAUAGAUGCCCACUUGCCGGCCCUCAGAGCCGGAGUUGCCCUUCUCAACCUCCGCCUCCCCUCUCCCUCCUCCUCCUCCUCCUCCUCCUCCUCCUCCCACCCUCUCUCUUUCAGUUUGUAAUCCCCGUCAGACUGCCCCCUCUCACCCCUGUCUACCCUUCCAGUGGCUCUGAGUUUCUCAAAGCCGUCUCUGUUUGUACUCUCUUGAUACACUCCCCUCUAUCUCUCUCUCUUUCAUCUGUCUUUCCCUGUCUGUCCCCCCUUUGACCCCUUUCUCUCUUUCUCUCUGUCUCUCUCCCUCUUUCUGAAUCUCUCUCUCUCUCUCAUUCUCUCACUCCAACGAUGCUGUGCUGUGGUCGAGCGCUGGACUCCCCAUGUACCCUGGCUAUGCUGGUGGGGUUCCAGUUUGCGUUCGUCCUCUACUUCUCCCUAGGAGGGUUCCGGGGCCUGGUGUCAGUGCUUGUCCACUCCACUGAGCCCGAGUUCGACUACUCGCGGCCCCACGACGUCUAUACCAACCUCAGCCACCUGGGGGCGCUCGCGCCCCAUCACGCAGGACCAGCGGCACCAACAGGGCCAACGCCACAGCUGAAGGACUGCCAGGUGCCCUCGCCACUGUUGGUGGGCCCUGUGUUGGUGCGCCUGUCGUCCCCUCCCUCGCUGGACGAGAUCAAGGAGAAGAACCCUCUGGUGACUCCAGGGGGUCACUACACUCCACCAGACUGCGAGCCAAGGCACCAUACGGCUAUCGUGGUGCCCUACCGAAACCGGCAGGCUCACCUCCGAGCCCUCCUCUACCACCUCCACCCUUUCCUGCAACGGCAGCAGAUCCACUACAGCAUCUAUAUUGUGCAUCAGCUUGGAAACGCCACUUUUAAUCGCGCCAAGCUGCUGAAUGUCGGGGUGCGCGAGGCACUGCGGGACGAAGACUGGAGCUGCAUCUUCCUCCAUGACGUCGACCUGCUCCCUGAAAACGACCACAACACAUACACCUGCCACCCUCAGUAUCCAACACAUCUCUCUGUGGCCAUGGACAAGUUUAGGUACAGACUGCCAUAUCCACAGUAUUUCGGCGGCGUUUCUGCUGUGACUCCAAACCAGUACCUCAAGAUGAACGGCUUUCCCAACCAGUAUUGGGGCUGGGGAGGAGAGGACGACGACAUCGCAACCAGGAUACGUCUCUCAGGGAUGAAGAUAGUGCGCCCCCCGGUGGCCAUAGGCCAUUAUAAGAUGAUCAAGCAUAAAGGGGACCAGGGCAAUGAGCAGAACCCUCGCAGGUUUGACCUGUUGAAGCGUACGAGGAUAAACUGGCGCUCCGAUGGGCUGAACUCCCUGACCUACCAGCUCCUGUCCAAGGAGCUGGAGCCGCUGUACACCAACCUGUCCGUCAACAUUGGUGAUGACCCCCACCCUGCGAAGAACGGCCAGCCUCCGAGGAAGCAAACCCCACCUCCGGUCCGUCGCCCAGACAAAUCUAAGGCGAAAGCCAAGUUGGUGGCUCCCACAAAACCUGUGAAAACUGACACCGCCCAGCGGAAGACAGCCAAUGAGACAUCAGCUCGGGGAGAGAAGGCGGAGACGAAGCAGGAAGUGGGCUGAUUUCAGUAUCCGAGAUUGACGCCUCUGCUGCAGGAUCUGUGCUGUAUGGCUUCUGUCAUAAAAGGUCGAUCUGAAUUCAGCUGUUUUUCCCCGUAUUCCUUCUUUACAGCAGAGCUUUGUCUCAGUUAUUCUCAAUGAUAAGAUAGCCACGUCACGAAUAUCCUCUCACGGAGAGUGGACCACGAUCAGCUUUUCAAAACACCCUUGAAUGUUCCUUGAAGACUGACAUGAUACUUUGAUGCACUGGUUCAGCAGCUUGUUUCGACUAAAACUCUACUCUGACUGGUGGCGAGACAUUUCAGUCUCGCCACAGUGGUUGUAAAUAUCUCUCCCGGGGGUGAAGUGGGUAUGUGUGUGAUUGGACACAGUGCCAGUUUGUGUGUGUGUGUGUGUGUGUGUGUGUGUGUGUGUGUGUGUGUGUGUGUGUGUGUGUGUGUGUGUGUGUGUGUGUGUGUGUGUGUGUGUGUGUGUGUGUGUGUGUGUGUGUGUGUGUGUGUGUGUGUGUGUGUGUGUGUGUGUGUGUGUGUGUGUGUGUGUGUGUGUGUGUAUGCUUAUUCAGCCAGUCUGCUGCCAGCUGCUGCUCCAUGCCCACCCGUGUGGGCUUGUCUUUCUGUGCCUUUUUCUCGCUCUAGUACCAUUUCUCUUACUGACGUGUAUCGGUUUAGUGUUCUCAACCCAGAUCCCUUCUCCAAGAGGAACAUGUGUGUUGGUUUGCGGAAAGGAUAUGCUGUUUUGUAUCAGUCUGCAUGGGUGGGUUAGAGAUGUUGUUGCUGAACAGGUUUCUUAUCACUGUGCAGUUUUGUUGAGGUUUUUUUUUUUUUGGUUCAAGCUGUAGAAGAGAUUUCUAUAUCACGAGUUUACACUGGUUUGUGUUCUCAUUACAGAGCUGGUUAUGCUUAGUUUAUCUUUCCAUACCUCUUAAGAUCAGAGUUUAUAUUUGUAUAGCAGUACAGUACAUAUCUAUUUUCACUUUAGUCCGUGUUUGGUGCCUCUUUUUGAUUAGAACUUUAAUUUAGAGACAAUCAGUAGCCUAAGAUACAUGGUCCUAUCCAAUCAUACCAUGGAGGGAGAAAAAAAAAUCGAUAAACCAAAAAAGGAAAAAACGUGGGGAAAAAAGUAAAUAAAAAGACUUAAGAACAUAUUUUAGACAUCGCAAUGAAAGUAUUGUUUUGAUGAAUGCAGUUUUCUUUUUUUUAAUUUUAUGAAUGUGUCCAUGGGGUUCCGCUCAGUGCUGUCUCACGGGGAGAACUUCCUCUGCACAGCUGUGUCGUUGCCUAAAUGUACAUGUUUUACCCUGCUUUUGGCUUUCAUCUUUUAUGUUGACAACAAUAGCUUCGUUUGGCCAGUGUACCUACAGUUCAGGUUUCCAUGUCUAUGAAUCCUGUAAGUAUAUCUGUAGGGCAGGGGAGCAUAUUUUGUUACUUCAAAAGCAUAGUGCAUGAUCCGAAUGUAAGCUCUAGUUCUUUAUACUGUAACUACAAUAUCAACAUGUGUUGAUAUCUGCAGUUGUGGAUGGACAUCCUGAUGACAUGACAUUUUUACUCAGUACAUUAUUCAUCUGUAGUAAAAAGGCAAGAAUAGUCAUGAUAAUGGUUUUCAUUUUGUCAACAGUACUUGUAUCAUUUCCAAAUGAUAGGGUGCACUAUUAGACCAAUUCAUUCAUGCAAUAUUGUCCUUUCUGAUUAUAAGCUAUAUCUUCCUUCCAGCAACGUAGUACUAACCCACAUAGUACAGAGGGCUGUCCAGCAUGCGUCAGACAAAAGACAGUUUCCAUUCAACAUACUGACAGGAUUUCCAUAGUAUACUAUAUAUGAUAUAUAUUUACUAAAUUAGUUUUAUAUCAGAUGUUUUGGUUUUAGGAAAUGACACAUUACUUGAACUACCUUACUGUGCAUAGUUACCAUAGAUAUUUCUUUGGUAUCUGUUUGACUUGAAUUAAACUAUGUACUGAUAAGAAGCUGUAAAUUAAAAGUAUUUAA